CUCAUUUUGUAUAUUCUUUUAAGGAAAAAUAUUAUAUUUAUUUAAACUCAAUUGUUAUUUUUUAAUUAUUUAUUCUUUUAUAUAUUUCACUUGAUGAAACACACAAUCUAGUUAAAUAGAUAGGAGUCACUUCCCUCUUUAUUGAGAUGGGGGGGAGAGAUAAUUUGGGGCGUUUAACUAUUUGGAUGCCCACCUUUUAACCCUAGAGCAAGCGGCCCUUGAAUUCCAUUUUUGGGCAAAGAUGCUUCAGAUCCGGCUAAGCAAACCAGCGAGUGAGAGCGGUGGAGGUGCUAAGUCUUUGCCACCUGAUAAUGUUACAGUUGCUUGUCCUGAUCAUCUUGUUUUGGCUGAUCUUCCUGUAGCCAAAAGCCUUGGUACAGUAAAUGCUGCUGCUGCUGCUGCAUCUCUGGUUAAAACUGUUGGCCGUAGGUCGAGGAGGCAGCUUGGGGACCGAGUACAUUUUUGUGUUCGGUGUGACUUUCCAAUUGCUAUUUAUGGACGUCUGAACCCAUGUGAUCAUGCCUUCUGUUUAGAUUGUUCCAGGAGUGACUCUCUCUGCUACCUCUGCGAUGAACGCAUUCAGAAGAUUCAGACAAUUAAAAUGUUGGAAGGGAUCUAUGUAUGUGCAGCUCCUCAUUGUCUCAAGUCCUUCCUGAAGCAGACUGAAUUUGAAUCUCAUAUUCAUGAGAACCACAGUGAUCUCCUUCAUCAAGAAAAAGAUGCAAAUGUUUCAGAAUCUGCUAGUGCUAGAAAACCUGCAGCAUCUGAAUCUACAGUGCAAGCACCACCUAGGCCCAUAUUUUCUCCUAGUUCAGGUUCCCAGGGACAUGAUCGUGAAGACAAAGCUCAUAGUUCUCAAAUUAGAGACCAACAACCUCCUAGGCCUGUUAUACAACAAAAGCCACCUUUCACUGGUUCAGUCCAAAAUCAUCCACUAGAGCAACAGUCUGAUAGUAACCCCCCUCCAGGCUUUGAAAGGCCUGGCAUGCAGAAUCGGUUACCUCAGCAAGGUUUUGAUGCACAGGGUUCAUUGCGGCCAGACCCAGGUCACUUUCCAGACAAGCAGCAAGGGAUUAUAGGGAGUUCCCCGUUUCCUGAAUAUCCAAUGCACAUGCCCCAACCUCAUGGCUUUGCGGUGCCUAUGAGUUCGAAUCCAGGUUUGGCUCCUCAAUUUGGUUAUCCUCAGUUUUCACCUGAUGGAGCCCAACCAUUUUAUGGUGCUGUUUCAUUUGAGAUGCCUAGGGCAGACUCAACUCCUGAUAUGGGAUCAGAACAAGGGUCUUUGCUGGGUUUUCCACCUGGUGCUGCAGGAAGUAUGAAUUUUCCAGAGAAUUACCCUCGGCAAUGGAAUAUGGGGCAGCCGGUUGGGCAGUUUGAGCCCACUGCAGUUCAACCUCCUGCCGAUCCCCAAGGAAGAGCAGUCUUUUUCCAAGGUGACUAUGGAAGGAAUGCAGGUGUAAUGUCCUCAAACCUGCCACCUCCGCCUUCAGCCAACAGAGGAUGGGAAGGUGGACAGACUAGUAAUUCAAUGGACAACAGAGAUAGCAAAGGUAUAGUGAUGCCACAACCUAUGACCCUCCCACCGCCCCCACCUUUACCUCAUCACAUGUCACAACUCCAGAGAGGGGGCAGACACUACGGCGAUACAAGUCAUGAUGGACAGGGUUAUGGUUGGCAACACGAGAAGCGUGAUAGUUUCGGAAGCAGUCAGGACUAGUUAUGUUCUUAUUGUUCCUUGUGUCUUUUUGUAAGAACAGCUUAUUUUGUGUUGCCUACAGCGUAGUUUAUUUUCUUAAACUACCAACGUUUUUUGUGAAAGCUGAAACGUUAAGACUUCCCUGAUA